AUGAGUGGAAGAGUUGUUAAUGAAUUCCAAAUGAAGGAAAUAGCAGGUGGUGACAUAUCGAGUGUACCAUCGUCGCGGCGCCACCAUUCGGGGAGGUUCCCAUACAUCCACAAGCUGGGAAAACCUCCUAAGCAAAACCUGUUGAAGGAAAUCACCACUGCUGCCAGGGAGACCUUUUUCUCAGAUGAUCCUUUCCGCUCUUUCAAAGACCAACCAAACUCAAAAAAGUUUAUGCUCGCUGUCCAAGCUGUUUUCCCUAUCUUUGAUUGGGCUAGAGAUUACAGUCUUGCCAAAUUUAAAGGAGAUCUCAUUGCUGGACUCACCAUUGCUAGCCUUUGUAUUCCUCAGGACAUUGGAUAUGCAAAGCUUGCUUACCUCCCUGCUCAAAAUGGAUUAUAUAGUAGCUUUGUUCCACCUCUUGUCUAUGCUUUCAUGGGGAGCUCAAGAGACAUAGCCAUAGGACCAGUGGCUGUGGUCUCUCUCUUGCUUGGAGAUCUUCUGCAAGCUGAGAUUGAUCCUACAAAUCUCAUCCCCUAUCGACGUCUCGCUUUUACAGCUACAUUCUUCGCCGGACUCACUCAAUUGGCACUUGGCUUUUUCAGAUUGGGGUUCUUGAUUGAGUUUCUAUCCCAUGCUGCCAUUGUUGGGUUCAUGGGAGGAGCUGCCAUUACAAUUGCCCUUCAACAGCUCAAAGGAUUGCUUGGCAUAAAAAAGAAUUUCACAAAGAAGACUGAUAUUGUCUCUGUUUUGCGCUCAGUGUUUAACUCAGCCCACCAUGGGUGGAACUGGCAGACUAUAGUAAUAGGGGUUGCUUUCUUGGCUUUUCUUCUGGUCGCCAAACACAUAGGGAAAAGAAACAAGAAGUAUUUUUGGGUUCCAGCAAUUGCUCCAAUGAUUACUGUUGUGGUGUCCACUUUUUGUGUCUAUAUAACUCGUGCUGAUAAAGAUGGUGUUCAAAUAGUGAGCCAUAUUGAUAAGGGCAUAAAUCCACCCUCAGCUAAUGAACUAUUCCUCUCCGGAGAAUAUGUUGGUAAAGCCUUUAGGAUAGGUGUUGUGGCUGGUAUUGUAGCGCUAACAGAAGCAAUAGCAAUUGGAAGAACAUUUGCAGCUAUGAAGGACUAUCAGAUUAAUGGCAACAAAGAAAUGGUGGCAUUAGGAACAAUGAACAUUGUUGGUUCUUUGACCUCUUGUUAUGUAGCUACAGGGUCGUUCUCUCGGUCGGCUGUGAACUACAUGGCAGGAUGUCAGACGGCCGUGUCGAACAUCGUGAUGGCUGGUGUGGUGUUUCUAACGCUAGAGCUGAUCACGCCGCUAUUCAAGUACACACCCAACGCCAUCCUCGCCUCCAUCAUUAUCGCCGCUGUGGUCAACUUGCUCGACUAUGAGGCUGCCAUUCUCAUAUGGAAGAUCGACAAAUUCGACUUCGUCGCUUGCAUGGGAGCCUUCUUCGGCGUUGUUUUCAUUUCAGUCGAGAUUGGUCUACUAAUUGCGGUUUCUCUAUCGCUUGCUAAAAUUCUUUUGCAAGUGACGAGGCCACGAACUGCAGUACUUGGAAAGCUACCAAGGACUAGUGUGUACAGGAACACCCUGCAAUACCCAGAGGCAAGGCAGAUUCCUGGAGUUUUGAUCAUCAGAGUUGACUCUGCUAUUUACUUCUCCAACUCUAACUAUAUUAAAGAGAGAAUUUUGAGGUGGCUAACUGAGGAAGAAGAGCGAGUGGAUGAAUGUAAUCUACCAAAAAUUCAACAUUUGAUUGUGGAGAUGUCACCUGUUACUGACAUUGACACCAGUGGCAUCCAUGCUUUGGAAGAAUUAUACAGGAACCUUCAGAAGAGAGAGAUUCAGCUUGCUUUGGCAAAUCCAGGUACAGUUGUGAUGGACAAGCUUUACGAAUCAGAGUUUGCAGAUGAGAUCGGAGAAAGCAACAUCUUUCUUUCCGUCGGAGACGCUAUUCACACUUUUGCUCCCAAAACAAACAUCCCCGAAGAACCUUGAAACCUUAAUUGAUUUCGCCAUUUCACUAUUCGUGAUCCAUCCAAGUUAUGUAAAUGUAUUUCGAUAUUUUAUUAAUAAAAGAUUCUUUUUGACGUUCUUGAUUUUGUCCUUUUUUUUUUCUUUUUUCUAUUCACUAAAAAAAAUUAUUUAGUAACAACGUUUUAGUCCCCACCUAAA